AUGGCAAGCGGCGGCCAUAUGCAUAAUUUCACCACCCUCAUCAAGCGGCUCGAGGCUGCAACCUCACGCUUGGAGGAUAUGGCUAUGUCCCUAGAUGACCCUAGCGUCUCCAAGAACAUGGACGAUGCAUCUACGGCACCUCCCGCGACCCCCGAACCUCCUAAGCCCGCUCCUCCUCCGCCCGCGGCGCCCGCGCAAGCACAGAUCCCGGAGCAGAUCCAAGAUUUUGACGCAUUGAUCAAGAAGGAUGUUCAGAAUUUUGUCGACUUAGGUGCGAAGAUUGGUGGAGAGGUGGCACAGCAGUCCAAAGCAGUUCUGCAAGCCUUCCAGGCCGAGCGCACCUAUCUCUACGUCUCGACGAAGGCUAAGAAGCCUGAGCCUCAGCCUGCAGAGCUCAUGACUGAUCUCCACAAGGCCUCGGACAGCAUCAACAACAUUCGCGAAAAUGCUCGCGCGUCGCCGUACUUCAACCAUCUGAGCGCCAUUUCGGAGGGCAUCGUUGCGCUUGGUUGGUUCUUCGAGAGCAAGCCUGCGGAAUUUGUUACCGAGAUGAUGGGCGGUAUUGAGUACUACGGUAAUAAGGUGCUGAAGGAGUACAAGGACAAGGACCGCACACACGUCGAGUACAUUCAAGCAUACUACCAAAACUUCAAAGCGCUCUCUGCCUACCUUAAGAAGCACUAUCCUAAGGGAUUGACGUGGAACGACGACUCUGGCGUUGACGCAUUGGUGGCGCUGAAAGAGAUCAAGGGUAUCAAAGCCCCUGGUGGUGGUGCUCCCCCGCCUCCUCCUCCCCCGGGCAUCCCCCCUGCUCCGGCCCCCGCCGCCCCAGCGGCAGAUAUGUCCGCUGUGUUUGACCAGCUCAACCAGGGCGAGGCAAUCACCUCUGGUCUGCGCAAGGUGGACAAGUCAGAGAUGACACACAAGAACCCCAACCUGCGCGCCGGCUCAAUGGUCUCCGAUCGCCCCAGCUCGUCCCGGGGCAAAUCUCCCGCUCCCCCAGGCAAGAAGCCCAAGCCCGAGAGCAUGCGUGCCCGCAAGCCCCCUCGCAAGGACUUGGAGGGUAACAAGUGGCUCAUCGAGAACUUCGAGGGUCCUACCGAGAUCAUCGAGAUCCCUGCGAAGCAGACUCAGUCGAUUCUCAUCUCGCGUUGCAACAAGGCCAUCAUCAAGGUCUCCAGCAAGGCCAAUGCCAUCUCCAUCGACAACUGCACCGGUCUUUCUAUCAUUGUUGACUCACUCGUUAGCAGUCUCGACGUGAUCAAGUCGCCCAAGUUUGCUCUGCAAGUCGACGGCUUCGUGCCGACCGUUCUGUUGGACCAGGUCGAUGGUGCUACUGUUUAUCUCGGGCCUCAGAGUCUGACCACUGAGAUCUUCACUAGCAAGUCUACUGCUGUCAACAUCAUGCUUCCUCCUAAGGAAGGUACUGAUGAGGAUACCAAGGAGUGCCCCAUUCCCGAACAGAUUAAGAGCUACAUCAAAGAUGGCGUCCUGGUCAACGAGAUUGUUGAGCACGCCGGAUGA